CUCGCCCACAGAAAAUCGCAUAUUACUUAUCAUCACCGCAAGGGGCUGCAAUCCCCUGCACAUUCGAUUCUACACCAUUUUCAUUUGCAAGAAGGCAUUGUCGUUGUUAUAGCAUGAUUAUGUCAGCCAAAAAGAACGUGCUCCUUGUUGGGAGCGGUGGCGUGGGCACCAUGGCCGCCUUCAGCCUCCAAGCUAGCGGUCGCGCGGAAGUAACUGCAGUCCUGCGUUCGAAUUACGCAUCUGUCAAGUUGAAUGGGUUCAACAUUGACUCUGUCGACUAUGGAAACCACAAAGGAUGGAAGCCUGCGAAGAUUACAAAUACUGUCCCCGAUGUGGCUGCAGGCGGUCUCCCGUCGUUUGAUUACAUCGUGGUAGCUACAAAGAACUGUCCCGAUAUCAAACCAGCGGUUCCCGAAAUCAUUGCACCUGCUGUCACGGAAGGUCACAGUGUCAUCGUGUUAGUGCAAAAUGGUAUCAAUAUUGAGAAGCCCUUGAUAGAUGUUUUCCCAAAAAACAUCGUGCUAUCAGGGGUCUCACUUAUUGGGACCGCAGAGAAGGACCAUGGAAACAUCAUUCACGACGACCAUGACAUUCUGAUUGUUGGACCGUUCAAGAAUCCCAAUAUUGCAAGUGAGCUUGCACUCGCUGCCGCUAUGGAGUUUGUAGAUAUAUAUAACACCUCAGGUAAAGUGGAUUGCAAGUUGGACGAGGAUGUGGGAUUCGUUCGGUGGAGAAAACUGGUCUAUAACGCUUCAUUCAACCCGGUCGCCACCAUCACACGCAUGGACACUUCUCGCAUGAGAAUUGCAAAGACCCCGAUCGAUGAUCUCAUAAGGCCAGCAAUGUGGGAGAUUUGGAAUACUGCAAAAGCAGCCGGACACCCCCUGCCAGAGGAUCAUGUUGCGAAGACCAUCGAUGCAGACCCCUUUGAUGUCUGGUGCAAGCCGAGUAUGUUGCAGGAUGCUCAAAAGGGCAACUUCAUUGAGUACAUGAACAUUGUCGAAGAGCCUAUCAAGGAGGCCGAGAGGCUGAACGUACCCACACCAACUCUGAAGACCAUCUUGGGGUUCUGUAGGGCAUUGCAAUGGCAAACUCGGGAGGCAAAGGGCAUGGUGACUCUUCCUGCAGGAGCACCUCCCCCGUAGAAUUAACAAAGCCCGGUCAAUACAAGUACUAGUUCCCUGAGACUUUUAAUUUGUCCUACUCAAACCAAUGCCUAGUAUGCCACGAAGAUAUCUAAGGCGCUGCAAGGGGCAUACCUGUGGCCCAUUAUUUUGCCGCAUCGUAGCACUGAG